GAGCGACGUGCUCUCCGUCGGUGGUCAUGAAUCGUGCGACGGAAGAGGUCCUCGCGAGCCGGCUGCCGCCGUCGUCGUCGUAGUCGCGUCGUCCUAGUCACCGUCGUCGCGCCGUCGUCGUGCACCUCGUCGGGCCCGUCGCCGCGAGUCGUGUCGCGUACACGCGUAUAACGGGUGUCAGCCGCCCCCCGGUGUUCGUGUCGUGUUUCAACCAUCCCCACUCCCUGCAGCAGCGUUCUGUGAGAUCGCGAUCGUCGGAUCGACGAUCCAACCCCCCGUACAUCAUCUCUCUCUCCCUCUCUCUUCUACACAGUGCACCGGGUUCUAGGAGAGGGAUCAUUCGCUGGAUAAUCCCGCGGACUCGAUUAACGUCCUCCUGCCCCGGAGUUUCCGCGGACGCGGGUGGUCGGAACGCCGUCGCUGAUCGCCACCAGGAAACGAGAGAGAGAGAGAUGGGCAUUGGUAGGCGCGUGCCGCGUAGCGGUGAACGUUGCGUCGUCGUCGCUGAUCGCCGACAGCGGCGCCAUAACGGGGCGCGUUCACACGCGACCACCGUGUGAGACGAGAAAAAAGAAGGGUCGAGGAGGAGAAGGAGGAGGAGAGAAAGGGUCGGUUGAUCGUGAGCCAUAAAAAGUGGAAUUUCGAAGAGAGGAAGUAUCAUUGCAACUGAAGAGAAGUAUUCCAAGGUGUUUUACCCACUUCGCGACUACCCCUAUUAGCAACCUUGGUUCCUUGGCUCUGAUAGUCUUCGUUCAUCCUAUUUCUCCGCGAGGAUCAAGGUUGUUUAACUGUUUCCGAAGAAGGAAGCUGCGUCCCGCGACCACGAUCAAGGGGAUCAAGAGGAUCGCGCGGACGCGAGCAUACGCUACCCCGAAAAUGUGAGGGAAUCGCUGCCCCGGCUGGCUCGCGGGACACCGGACGAUCUCGCUGACAAGAGUGACAACGGGCUAGUGAACACAGAUCCAGGUCAAAUUAGCAGUAUGACAGCCAUCAACUCGGGUCCGGUCGGGGAAGUGGGCGGCGUCAGGCUGCCGCUGCAGUCAUUACAUGGGUACGGAUCUGUGUUCAUGUACUCUGCGUCGACGAGUCCCGGGGGUGGAGGUGGUCAGGGUGGCGGAGGCGGAGGUGAAGUCACCCUCCGCCUCCGCGAACCCGAGGACAUUCCCGAAGAAGUUCUUGCACGCUUGGAGGACACCGCCACCCUCUCCAUCUCCCUUCAAGGUGAUGCUGUUCUGAGGCUAGGAGCUGCUGGCACAGGAGACUUCGGCAAUGGGAACUUGGAGUUGUUCGAUAGUGAGAGUGGGCCGGAUCUCACACUAUCACCUCAGACCUUCACGUCGACGGCAGAGGCCUUCAUCAAUGACAAUAGUGAUAGUCUUGGUGUUCCAGGAGACAACGAUACGGGUAGCAGUGAGGAGUCGAGACCUGGCGGCGGGGAUCCUGGAAAGUUGGGGGUGAAGAAACCAAGACCGAAGGCUUCGUCGCCCAACCGACAGGGACCACAGCAAUGCCAGGUCUGCGGGAAGGUGUUCAACAACGCAUCGGCGCUCACGAAGCACAAGCUGACGCACAGCGACGAGAGGAAAUACGUGUGCACGAUGUGCGGCAAGGCGUUCAAGCGGCAGGACCACUUGAACGGACACAUGUUGACCCAUCGAAACAAGAAGCCGUACGAGUGCAAAGCGGAAGGAUGUGGCAAAUCGUAUUGCGACGCGAGGAGUCUGAGGAGGCACACGGAAAAUCACCAUGCCGGUAGCAAGGUGAUCGAGAGCGUGAGUCCUAGCAGUCCGACCACUGGUCCUCAUACUCCUAACACACCGGGUAGCAAUCCUAGUACACCUAGCACACCAGGUGCGACGUCAACGUCGAAUGGCCAUGGACAUCCGGCCUUGAAGCAAUUGCUCGCCACGGAACCUACGCAGGCGCAACAACAAAAGAGUGCUACAUCUCCUGGAGCUAGUAACGAUGGCCUCACGAAACAACAAUUGGAGCUUAUUCAACAGAUCAUGCAGCAGACCCAACAACAGCAGCAGCAACAACAACAGCAAACAACCGCGCAACAGCAGCAGCAGCAGCAGCAACGUACCACCACGUCAGCUACAGUCACCGCGCAAAUUCAGAAACCGCAAAAACCGUCCGUCAAGCCUACAAUCUCGUCCAGCAGCGUCUCGAGCAAUUCUGGAAGUUCGAACGCGACCAACAACGCCAGGUCCAGCCCGAAGCCCAAAGUCUGGAGUCACGUACAGCAACAACAGCAACAGGCUCAGCAGCAAGCGCAACAACAGCAACAGCAACAACCGCAGCAGCAACACCAGCAACAGCAUCCGCAGGCUAACUCACCGGGGAGCGGAAAUGUAGGAAAAAGCAGUCCGUCGCCGGGAAAUUCAGCGUCCCCCGGCACUGUGACGGUAACCAAUAAAACGCAGACAGAACCGAAACCAGUCGAGUGCAAUCUCUGCCAUCGAAAGUUCAAAAACAUACCGGCUUUGAAUGGUCACAUGCGACUCCAUGGUGGUUACUUCAAAAAGGAUGCUGAGAACAAGAAAAGCGAGAAGAAGGAGGUCGUCGGGCCGCCAUUACAGACUGCGUCUGUCAGUGUGAGAGCACUCAUCGAGGAGAAAAUUAUACAGAAAAGAACAACUGCAGCAGACACGAGCACGAAUCAGCAGCCACGUACGACUACGACUGUUUUCACUACGCAAGCAGACAACGCGUCGCAGGUCGCCGGUAAAACGAGCUUCGCGGUACCAGCACCGCCGCCAUUGGCCUCUGCGGAGAAGGUACGCAGACUUUCCGAUGGCGAACAUUUCCGGCAGCCAAACGUCACCGUUGGCGGACAUGCGACCGUGCAGAAACAAUUACAGGAAGCGCAAACGCAGGCACAGGCGCAGGCGCUGGCCGACAUGAUUUUGAAGGGUACCACCAAAAUGGCUGUGAAGAGAGCAACUUCCGACCCCGGGCAAAGAUUACACUUAACGUACCAAACAUCCGUACAACCGACGACCAAUCAACCGCAACAGCAACAACAGCAGCAACAGAACAACCAGCCCCAAACCCAGCCAGCAGUCACUGAUAGUUUCUCCAUGACAGGUUACUCCGACGAUGGCGGUUACUUCAGCCCUAGUCUUCAAGAUGAAGUGUUCCAGCAGGUCACCGCGGUUCCAGAUAGUGUCCUGCUUCAUGCUACCCAAUUGGAUUCCCUUCAGUUUCAGACGGCAAGUCUGCUCCAAGAACAACCCACGGAGCAGCUGCAAGACAUCACGCUAGAAGACCGCUACUCCUCGCAGCACACGGUCAACCCAGAUCUGCAGGCCCUAGUGAACUCUCCAUUGCCGGACUCACUAGCCGAGUUUAGCACGUACGGCGCCCAGUACACGGAAAGCCCGCACACCUUGCCGACACAGUCCCCGCUACCAUCGCCGCUGACCAGACAUGACAGUCCGAGUUUCACGUAUCCGACGCCGCCGGCUAGCCAGGAAGGGCUUCUAACCGGAAGCCUGCCUCUGUUAAGCCCGCAAGAAGACCCGGAGAGUGUAAGACAGGUCUCGUCGCCUCUGUCUGCAGCGUUCUACACGUCAACAAUGUCGUCCGCGGCGGCAGUGGAGGAGGCACUAAGCGAGGUGUUGCCGGGUGAAUCGGAUGCGGACGCAGAUCUGUACGGGUCCGGUUCACCGAACCCUCACUCGCCACUGCCAAGCCCGUUGUCGGCGACACCGGCUCCGUCACCGUUGUCCUCCCUGCCGCCGUCCUCCGUCUCGUCCCCCGGACCGGUUUCCUUCACCGGAACUAGCUUCCCAGUGUCGCCCCAUCACGCGCUACAAAGCCAGAUGAUGCCUAACUCGGAGGACCCGCUGCUCUCGUCCACCCCGAAGGAUUUCACCACGGCUAGCCGCAGACGUUUCGAGUUCCAGUCGUACAAGUUCAUCACCAGCCAGAACCUCGUCGACUUCGGCCUGGGGAACGGUAGCCUGGCUGGUAUCGUCGUAGACAACAACGGCGAGUUCAAGCUAAUUCAAACCGCUGGCCUGCAGAAGACGAACGUCUUGGUGCAGACUGGUUCCUUGAGUCCCGCGCUGGCAUUCAAGAAAGAAGUGCGUCUGGCGACGCCUAAGGUGGAACCUGUCACCGUGAACAUCGGCCUCAACGUGCAGACGAACCAUCAAUACAACGUUGGCCAAUUUAAUCAGCAGCAGGUUGUCAACCCUACGAAGUUUCUUAUACAGACGAACGCAACGAAGAAUAAUAACAUGAGACAAAAGACGCUCAGCGGAAACCUGCCGGUGCCCGUCGAACAAAUCAAAGAGGAGCUACUGGACGAUGAUGUCUUUCUUAAUCCGAGCAGCAUACCGGCUGGCAGUCCAGUUAGACACUGUAGGAAGAGGCCACGUAUAGAAGGUGGCCUGUACGCCAGCUCGUCUCAUUCGUAUCCAUCGAGAUUGAGGAAGGCUUGCGAUAGACACUGGGACAGUAGCUACACUCCGCCGCCGAUCUUGGAUCCCUCUCGGCCUGGGCCUGGCUUGUACGCCCGGCUCCAUCAGUUCGAGAGAGAUUCCGAUUUUAGUUCGGAUGACUCUCAAGGAAACGAUGGACCGCCGCCGAGGAUCAACAUUGGAACUAGGUAUCAGGCUACGAUACCGCCAGUCGGCAGCGAUGGGGACAGAGGAAAAGGGGAACCCGAGGCUGAUCACUUGCUGUGGGAUCCUGGUAUAAAUAAUGUGCUGACAGACAAUGAACUCGAGAUGUAUUUGCAAUUCGCGUGCUGCGCAGCGGUACCAGGUGGAGGAAGAAACAAAGAAUACGCGCUUCAUCUGCUGCAUAUGUGUAGAGGAAACAUUCAUGAAGCGAUGCUGAAGCUGAUGAGACCAACACCAACAUUGCCAGCAGGUCAUCCGCUUCUGAAUUACGAGUGUCAGGAAUCCGACCGAUGGACAUCGCAAGAGAUGGACGCGUUCUAUCAAGGCCUCCUGAAGUACAACAAAGACUUCUCCGCGAUCUCGCGGGACGUCGGUGGCAAAUCCGCGAAACAGUGCGUGCAAUUCUAUUAUGUAUGGAAGAGACUCUGCCCGGACGAAUACAAAAGACUGCGUGUCCGUCAUGGAAAACCAAAGAUUAAGACAGAAAACAGAGAUUGUAAGGAUACGAGGGAACUUCGCGAUGCCAUAGCAUCCGUGACUGAGAUGGACUUCAGUGAAGACAAAUCGAUCCUCCAUCGUACACUGUUGCAGACCAAUGAGAGAGAAAAUUCAGCUACUCUAACCACCAGCGACGGAGAGCUGAGAUUAUUCGCGUACGACUGCCCUGAUAGCUUUAGCGGAAGUGUAACAGUAACGAUGGCCGGGAGCACCCAAACCGCCCAAACCGGCAAUACCGGCCACGCCACAGUCAACACCAACUCACAAACUCACACUAGUUCUGAGCAACAACUACCCGUGCCCACCCCACUUCACUACCCCUGCAAGAUUUGCGGGAAAGUUUUCAACAAAGUGAAAAGCAGAAGCGCACACAUGAAAUCUCACAGGCCAGUGCCAUCGCCCGAUUCAACGGGUCAGGAAUCUAAGCGACCAGUACAGCAACAGCAGCAGCAACAACAUCACCAACACCACCACCAACAUCAGCAGCAACAUCAACAAACAAGGUCACAGCAGCAGUCGCAGCAGCAGACCAGUCAACAGCGUCAACAACAACAGCUGCAGCUGCAGCAGCCAUCGCAGCAGCAACAACCGAGCAGCGUAUCACCACAGACACCAGACUUCAGCAAUCAGCAGCCACUGUCCGCAAGCAACGGCGACACCGGCGCGCAGAGCACGGCGCAUUUAUGGCACAAUCCGACGCGGCUCAGGCCACCAUAGGACGAGGCUGAACCGGUUAAACUUAAGUUACCUUAACGAAGGCUGUAACAGUACGGUUUAGGGAAAAUGAGAAGUCGACACGGUCGCGCGAACUAUAUAAGCGGGUACUUAUACAACCGCGAUCAGAUGACAGAUCCAAGGACGACGCCGCGAACGCGAUGCCGCGUGGAAUACGGCUCGUCCCAACAGUACGAGCCUGCCUCGCUUUGCACCCCCUAGCACUGAUGAGGCGGGCCUCGAAGAAGAAUUGAAACCGAAGACUUCCACAGAAUAGAUAGUUCCAAAACGAGAAAUACCUCUUCUACGCGCUAUGGACCUGAACGAAGCGAGACCCCGUGAGUUCUUUGCCAGGCCAGCCAUACUAAGUUUUACACACGGUCGCGUAACUCUUCGCCGCGAGUCUCGGAAGCGUGCACUGGGACGAACAACCAGAGAAGACGAAGCUAGCGCCUUUGCCGCCGUGAACCAAUCUGAUUCUAUCUUUUCGUUCAACACGACGAACGGCGGCGGAUGGUGCCAGCGUGCAGUCUGUAGAUGUUCAGCGAGGAGACAGGGUACCGGAGGUCCUAGCCCCCUGCCAUGGGGCCUAGGACGCGACAGCUCGUCGACGGCCGGUCGAUCGAACGUGCAAAGCUUUCCGUAGGUUUUUUUCUUUCUUUGUUCCGUUCGAGUUUCGUUCAGCAUCGAGGAGAAACUUUCAUCGACGAACCAAUGGCCUAGAAGAGCGACGCGUCCGAUGUGGCUCGAAGUAAUAGAGGUUUAAGGCGGAGACGGUUAUGUUCAGCGCGCAACGGAGUCGGGGCGAGACCCGCCCGCGACACAGGCGCUGUAAAAUGUAAUCGCGGUUUUCGAUGUACCUAAUUAAUAUUCGCACGCAAGAUGUUCCCAGAUUGUGCCACAAGACAUUACUGUUACCUGUUGCCUCCUUUAAUCAUUCUUUCAUUUAUUUUUAGUAUAUUGCUAUUCUACUUUUCCUUUUCUCGUUUUGUCGGUUUUGUUCUUCACGCUGGUCGCCCUGCGAACCGAGCGCCAUUACGCGACUUCGGGAGUAUUCGAAUGUGAAGGGUUGCGGAGGUCCACUUCGUUGGAACCUUUGAAGUAAUUCGCACGCGUGAACGGCGUGUCGUUCGCACGGCGACCCGACGGAUUGUAUUAAAUACAACUUGUUGCACGUUGGCUCUAGUUCUACUUAGUUUAAAUAUCAUUAGAGUAUCGAAUAAGUAUUUGCGAUCCUCGUCGGAAAAGGCGUUCGUAGAUUUGUUGAACUUCCCCGAUUUUGUUACCUCUGUUACUUAAUAUAUAUUAACUAUAUUCGUCUAAAUAAAAAUUUUAAUAUACAUAUAUAUAUAUAUAUACAUAAUUUAUUUAUUUAUAUAUAUAUAUGUGUGUGUGUGUGUGUAUAUAUAUA